AUGAUUUCUAACCCAACUACUCCUGCUGCUAAAUUAACCGCUCCAGAAAAGGAAGCUAUGAUCAUGAAAGAGAUCAGAUCCAACUCAGUCAAGUACGACUCCAAGUUCGAAGGUUCUUUCUUCGGUAACAUCUUUGGUUUCUCACUCAGAAGCUCUAACUAA